GCGCACAGGAUGGGCGGUUUGCUUCGCCGGAUGUGACGUCCGCAGCGGCGGCUUGAGGCAUUUGAAGAGCGGCGGUGAUGGAGAAGAAUAUUAAAUAUAUCUAAAGAUGAAAAGGAAAGUGGCAGGAGCUGGGAGGCUUAGGCUUAGCCCCAAUGAAGAAGCUCAGCUGUUGAAAGAAGAGCAUGAAAGAAGAAGAAAAUUGAGGCUACAGCAGGUUAGAGAGCAGGAGAGAAAUAUUGCUCUACAAAUAAGGCAAGAUGUGAAACAACGGAGAGAUGAGGAGCUGAAUAAUUUGGCAGAAGAACUGAAGGCAGAGUGGCAAAAAGCACAAGAGGAGAAGAUUAAAGCUUUGGAAAAGCUCUAUUUGUCAAGCUUGAGAGCUAUAGGAGAAGGACAUAGACAGGCAAAGGAAAAUGAACCUGAUUUGGAAGCACUGGCAAAGCAAGCCGAGGAAAGGAGGAAAAAGGCAGAAAAAAGACACGUGGAAGCAUUGAAGGAGCUGAAAAAUCAAAAAGAGAGGCUGCUGAAGGAACAAGCAAGGAGAGCAAAUGCACGGAGGCAUGCAUUCAACGUGGAAAAAGAGAGAGCUGCUAAAAUAGCAAGCCUCCCCCCUCCUCCCCCUCCCCCUUUUGAAAAUAUUGACCUAAAACCUACCUCCGCAGUGAAAGUCUGCGAUGUUGACACUUUUUCAGUUACUCACCAUCAUCUCUUUGGUCCACAUGUGGAUAGAGAAAUGGACACAGAACAGCCAGAUGCUCGGUUACUUGCUGAAGAUGAAGCCAAACAGAUAAAAGUACUGCAAAAUAACAAAGAAAGGGAAAGGAGGGAACGUCUGGAAAAAGCCCGUCUGAGAGGAAAGCAUGCCUUGAAGAUGGUUCGUUUAACCCAAGACCGGGAAAAGUUAAUGAAAGAGCUUGAACAGAUGCAAAUUAUGGACCUUGCUCGCAGAAGACAGAUUGUUGCCCAGAUGCCUCCUCAACUGUUUGAACCAGGCUACAGGCGAGUUGAGCUCAAGGAAGAAUGGCAGAGGGAGCUGGAGUGUGCCUUUGAAGACAUGUAUACUGGGGACAGGAAAAUGCAAGGAGACCUUAUUUUGCACCUCGAUCCACAGCCCUUGCCAACCCUCUCUGAUCGAUCUCAAGAUGAUGAAUUGGAACUCUCUCAGGAACCGGACUCUGUAUGCGAAGGGCCAUCAAUACCAGGGGAUGAGAUCAAGGACAGUGAGCCAAGUGGCAGUAAAGUAGAAAAGACAUCCCAAUCUCAAUCAAACCUAGCUCUAAAAAAGCUGCUAAACAAGAUCAAGAACCAAAAAGACCACUGGACAUCAAAAGAGAAGCCAGAGGCUCCAAGUGAAAUUGGAUCAAUAGAGUCAGGAACCAUUUCUAAUAGGGAGAGAAGGCUGUGUGAAUCAGAACCUGAGGCUGAACCAAAAGAUGCUCUUGUUUCUGAAGCCAAGGAGCUUCCGGAAACACUGGACCAAACUAUUGUUGCUGGAAAUGUGGCUCUAGAUCAUCCACAAGACGAAGCAGCUAAAAUUAGACAGGAAACAGAAAAACAAAAGCAGAUUGAAUGGAUAGAGCAACAAAAGCAAGAGCAGCUGAAGUUGCUUCAACAAAUUGAAGAGCAGAAAAGAAAGCUUGAGGUUGAUUUCCUGAAGACUCAAAUGCAGCAUCAGGAGUCAAAAGCUGAGAGAGACACAGAGAAUAAUGAUCAGGAACCUCAAGCCAUAGAAGUGAACGAUGCCGUCCCUGUUGCCCAUCAGCAGCCAAAAGUAGAACAGCAGGUAAUGAAGGAAGGUGUUCUGAAGUCUGAAAGGGAUGAAGAACCUCAGGCAGCCUGCACUUCUAAAGAGGACAACCACAUGGAGAUAAUUCGUGACUACCAGCAGCGUCUUCUAAAGCAAAACAGGAUGCACAGAGACUCCAUUGAAGAAGCUAGAAAACAGUUGCAUGAAUAUCAGAUCAAGCUAAAACAAAGAUACCAGUCAGUUUCUGCAGCAUUAUUUGGUCCUGCUGACAGAUUUGUGCAAGUAAAACUAGUCCCUCAACCUUCAUCACAAUUGCAUGGAUUUGAAGUAUUGCAGAGAGUUAACUUGAUAGCAGAUCAUCCUGCAAAGAAUACUCCUGUACAAAGGCAAGUCCCAUUGGAGCAAAGAAGCAAAGAGGGGGUGCUUGAUUUCAGCAGACAAGGACAAAUCCAGCCUGUGGGCUCCCCGGAGAAUCAAAGACCUUUUCAGUUGAUGCACCAGCAAAAAGAAAGACUGCCUACACUGAAUACAGUUGUAACACAGCGGGCAUCAUUUGCAUUUAAUUCACAGGGUGCUUCCAUUACGACUCAUCCGGGUCAGCAUGUCCGAUUCACCCUCCCUACAAACAGUAUUUCCCCUUCUUCAGAAACGCCUUUACCUGUGGUCCCUCAUGUACCUCAGAUAGAAGAGGCUCUUUUUCCACUAUCCCUGAAGCAUCAAGACGUUCCUACUGAGAAUAAGACAAAAACAAUUUCAGACCAAAUAUCCCUGCCUCCUGUGCAGCCAAACUCUUCUGUGCCUUUUGCUGUAACAAGUGAGGCUGAGAGUACCCAGGAGUCUUUGGUCCUGAGGAAGGGAAGCGGAUCCUUGCUUGGUUAUUCUGAUAUCGUGCAAUUGAGAGACCGGAUGGUGGCUUCGUCUGAGAACAUCCAAGCUCAGCAAGAACACUUGAAAGAACUGCAGGAGCAGCUGGAUGAGCAACGGGAAGCUCUUCUUUCUCGGCAGAAGGUACAGGAGGACAUGCUCAUGCAGAAGCACGCUCAGCUGAAACAACAAAUGGAGCAGCAACAAGAAGCUUUGAAAGAGUUCCUUCAACGGGCAGAAGAGUCCAGCAAUUACAGAGAGACAACGCAGACGCAAGAGACUAAUAGCUCCGGUUUGUUGACGUCAUUUUUAAAAGAAAUUAACAUCAGCAGCCAGCAAGAGGUUUGCUUUGGUGAUCUAAACAGCCUUUCUCAAAAGGAAGUUGUGUUUCAAAAUGAUGGUUCAGCAAGAAAAAAUGAUUCAUUUCAGAACACCUGGGGGAAAGAACAGAAAUGGACGCUUUCAAAGCCACCUUUGGCAAAAGUAAAAUUAGGACUUGAUUUGGAACAGCAUGAACUUAGUGUCAUACCAGAACUUGACACACCAAGGAGCGUCAGACUUUCUGCAACAGGUUACAGAGAGUCUCUUACUGAAGACGUUUUCCUCACUUCUAAAGUCUAUCAACUGGAAAGUAGCGAAAGCCCGCCUGACUCUCAUCAUGAAGAGACAGAUAUACAAAGAAUUAUAGCAGGUUACAAAGAAGAAACAUCUGGUACAAGUCAGGAUCAGGUGCAUGGAUCAUGGUGUGAGAUGGAUGGUUUGUCUGACUCAGUGUUUUCAGCCCAUUCUCAAGUGGAUCAAGGUUUACUCAGUUAUGCAGUUGAUAUUGGAAGAAGAGCAGAUCCUGAUUCUUCAUUUAGAGCAAAUAGUAUGGUAAUGCUUCACACGGCAUGGUCUCCUAAUUCAUUAAAUUUACAGACUUCUAUGCAACAGGUAGCCUGCAGCUAUUUUGCUUCAUCUCCUGUUUCUCCUGCCAUCAUUACAACCAACUACAAUCCAGAUGGAAGUCUUGAGAGCACAGAGCCCUGUUCAGCCACGGACCAGCCGAAGCAUUUCAACCCUCCGAUGGAAGAGAAGGCAGAUGAUGCAUGGGGUACAUUGCAUGAGCAGGAUGACCCUUCAGAAGUUCUUCAUUCCCAUCUGUCUGCUAGAGAAGCGCUCCACUCUAAUGAAAGCAGAAUUCAGCAAAUCAUAAACAAAUAUACAAGAGAUUUCAGCUGGUCUCUGAGCAACAUAACUUCCUAUGAUCCAGCAGUAGGACUUGAUGCCACUGAAAUGGAAAGAAACUUUCCAAACUUCCAUCGUGAGCUUUUUCAGUCCUUGCAGCAAAGUCCUGACUUCAAUAUCUCCUCAAGUUUUUCUCAGUGCAAAGCAUCUCCCAACAGCAAAGACUUAAGCAAGAGUUCAGCUUUAUCUCAGAGUCAUGAAUUAACAGCUUCCAGUUUGGAGAACAGAAGCAACAGUCUUUCAUUUAUUAGCACAGGAAAGCUAAGUAAUACUCUGCCAACAGGACAGACGACUGAUGAAGAGGUGGAAGCAAUAUUGGAAGAUUUUCAACCAGGUGCUGAAGAAUUGUUUGAACCGCUGCUAAUGGAAUCUGCCUUGAACCAGUAUAGGCAGAGUGCUUCACCUCAAGCCCAUAGCGUUGUCCCUGAAUACAACUUUGAAGUCAGGAAAUCGGUUGAGAAUCGACUGUAUAUUUCACCUAAGAGUACACAGUCCGAAGAGCAGGGAGUCAAUGAGGAUGAUAGCAAUCUUCAUUCUUCUAUUGAACAUUUUCGCAGUCUGAGUCCAGUUGAAGAUCAACACUUGUUUUAUCAGCUGGUUCCAGAUCCUGAUACAGGGAAAAUUACUAUUGGAAGGACAGAGUCACCAAAAGUAGGCUCCGGAGAGGAGAGUGUUUGCUUUGCUGAACUACCUUCUGCGUUUAGUCAGGGGAAGUAUGAGGCUGGUAUUGAAAAAGUAACUAUGAGGAAGAAUGCAGAAAUUAAUCUCUCUUGGGGCAGCCAACAGGCUGAUGGAGAACAGCAUUCUCCAAAAACAGAUACAAUGCUAAGCUUGGCUCAAGCAAUGGAUUCACAACUCUCAUUUGGUCUUUUGCAUGAUUCUGAACUGGAGAGUGAGCCUCAGAUGUUUCGGCCACCAGAUCAUAGCAUUGGGCAAGUUAGAGGCUUUGAUUCCUGUUUGUCACAAAGCACCGUUCCAAUCUGGGAAAAACUUACAGGGAGAGGUAUUAUGGAAGAGCCUGACCUGACUUUAAUAAGCGCCAAUGACAUCAGCACUGCAGAAUCGGACAUAGAACUCUUUAUCCAAACAGAGAGUGGAAAGGAGAAAAGUGAAAACCUGUCAAACUCUGGUUCUCCUGAGAGCAGAAGAUUUCUACCUCUAAUUUCAGAAGUGGAUGGUUCCAUUUCCACUCAGAGUGAUCAGGCAUCAGGAGCCCAAAGCUCCCAAGGGGACUGUGAUGAGAAAACCGAACCAGAGGCAGUGUUGCUCACAACGGCCGCUACAAGCCUGCAAGAAUCAUUUUUGAAGCGGAAGAAAGAUUUCAUCGAGAGAUCCUCUAAAAGGGUGGAAAAACUUAAAAGCAAAGAUAAGGGUUCUGGAAAACCUGAGGCCAAGGCACCUCAACAGGAAAAAGCACAGCUUCAAAAACCAAAAGAGAAGUUGCUACGUUCUGGUACAGGUGUCAGCUGCCUCAAGAAAGUGGAAGAAGUAAAGGUGUGCUCUCCUGACGACCGCAGGUCAAUAGAAAUCCAGAUGCACCAGCGCACUUCAAGAUUAUAUAAUAAUCUAUCUGAAGUAAAAACCAGGAAGGAGCAGAUAGCAAGACAAGAACAUUAUGCCAAAAACCGAGAAAGAGCAAAGGAAUUUCAAAAGAGAACACUGGAAAAACUGCGAGCAAGAAAAGCUAAUGCAAAAACUUAGCAGGCUCCUUGUGGGUGGGGUGAAUAAAUUCCGAACAGUGUGUGAACAAAAUUGCUUUGCAUCCACCAGUGUAAACAAUGAAUCACAUCUUCAUGAUUCCUGAAAGUUGCAAUUUCCAGACAGUCCUGUUUCACUUGAAUUAUGUCUUAUAACCCCCCAAACCUUGUAUAUUUUUUUAAUGUAUCAAGCACUUUUAUAUUGUAGAUAUUUAUAAUAAAAUUGACCUUGAUUUA